GUUUUCUGUCACCAUUUUUUUGGUGCCCAUUGGUGGGGUUCUUUUUCCUCUGAGUGCUUGAGCUUUGUAAAAAAAAAAAACGACUUUUGUCCCAUCAAAUGGAUUAUUAUAAGAAUCACAGCUUGUGAAGGGCUCUCAGAUGGAUCAUUUCUAGCUGGAAUACCUUCUCCUUUGAGACUCUCCACACCACUCCAUUUCUGUGACUUUCAACCUGUCAUCCUAGAAGACGUGUUGCGAUUCCCCGGAGGACUGCGUUCACUUGUUACCACAGCAAUCCAUGGCAUCCUGUUCCUGACAAGGUCCGCUUCAUUCUGGGGUGCUGUAGGCAGCAGAAGGCAUCUCCAUGAGGAGCGGUAGAAGAUGCCGGAACUGCCAGCGCUCCUGCUGUCGAUUUACUUCCGCUUCCUGUUAGUCACCGUGGUUACCAUGCCGCCUUCUUCCCUGAGCCAGACCUCUGUUCUGUCAUCCGUACGGAUGGCGGCAAUUUUGGAUGACAGCUCUGUCUGUGGGCGUGGGGAGCGCUUAGCUUUAGCGUUAGCACGCGAGAACAUCAACAGUGUGAUGGAGGGCCCGGCUCGUGCUCGCGUGGAGGUCGACAUAUUUGAACUCCAGAAAGACUCUCAGUAUGAGACUACAGACACUAUGUGCCAGAUUCUGCCAAAGGGCGUGGUCUCUGUGAUUGGCCCCGCCUCCAGCCCUGCCUCUGGCUCCAUAGUCAGUCACAUCUGUGGGGAAAAGGAGAUUCCGCAUGUCAAAAUCGGUCCGGAAGAGACUCCACGGCUUCCUUACCUGCGCUUUGCAUCUGUGACUCUGUAUCCUAGCAACGAGGAUCUGAGCCUUGCCAUCGGAGCCAUCCUACGCUCCUUCAGCUACCCAUCGGCUAGUCUGGUCUGCGCUAAGGCCGAAUGUCUGCUGAGACUAGAGGAGCUGAUAAGGGGGUUUUUGAUCUCUCGAGAGACGCUGUCAAUCAGGAUGCUGGAUGACAACCUUGACCCCACGCCUUUACUAAAGGAGAUUCGUGAUGACAAAAUAGCUACAAUAAUUAUUGAUGCUAAUGCAUCUUUAUCUUACCUUAUACUGAAAAAGGCGUCAGAGUUGGGAAUGACAUCAGCGUUUUACAAGUACAUCCUCACAACUAUGAACUUCCCGUUGCUGUGGUUGGAUGAUAUAGUGGAUGAGCAGUCAAACAUCGUGGGCUUCUCAAUGUUUAACACCACCCACCCAUUUUACCUGGAGUUUAUCAGGAGCCUUAACCUGUCCUGGAGAGAGGGCUGUGACAUUAACCCUUACCCUGGACCAGCGCUGUCGUCGGCCCUGCUGUUUGAUGCGGUCCACGUGGUGGUGAGUGCAGUGCAGGAACUCAACCGGAGUCAGGAGAUUGGCGUCAAACCUCUCAGCUGCACCUCCCCUCAGAUCUGGCAACACGGAACCAGCCUCAUGAACUACCUGCGUAUGGUGGAGUAUGAUGGUUUGACAGGUCGAGUUGAGUUCAACAGUAAAGGCCAGAGGACCAAUUACUCCCUCCACAUCCUGGAGAAGCACAGGGGAGGCCACAAAGAGAUUGGGAUCUGGUACUCUAACAACACUCUGCUGAUGAACUCCACCAGUCUGGAUAUCAACGUGUCUGAGACUCUGGCUAACAAGAGCCUCAUCAUCACCACUAUACUGGAGAACCCGUACGUGAUGAGAAAGGUGAAUUACCAGGAGUUUGAGGGGAAUGAGCAGUACGAGGGUUUCUGUGUGGACAUGUUGAGAGAGCUGGCUGAUAGCCUCAAGUUCACCUUCCUCAUCAAACUGGUGGACGAUGGCCUGUAUGGAGCACCUGAACCCAACGGCUCAUGGACAGGCAUGGUGGGAGAGCUGAUCAACAGGAAAGCUGAUUUGGCUGUAGCAGCUUUUACCAUCACAUCUGAAAGAGAGAAGGUCAUUGACUUCUCAAAACCCUUUAUGACCCUGGGCAUCAGUAUUCUUUACAGGGUCCAUAUAGGCAGAAAGCCAGGUUAUUUCUCCUUCCUGGAUCCCUUCUCACCGGCUGUUUGGCUCUUCAUGCUGCUGGCUUACCUCGCUGUCAGCUGUGUGCUUUUUCUUUCUGCUAGGUUGAGUCCGUAUGAAUGGUAUAACCCUCACCCGUGUCUGCGUGAGCGCAGAGACCUGCUGGAAAAUCAGUACACACUAGGAAACAGCCUGUGGUUUCCUGUCGGGGGCUUCAUGCAGCAGGGGUCAGAGAUCAUGCCCCGGGCCCUCUCCACACGCUGCGUCAGUGGGGUCUGGUGGGCAUUCACUCUCAUAAUAAUCUCUUCAUACACAGCGAAUCUGGCUGCGUUUCUGACAGUGCAGAGAAUGGAAGUGCCAAUCGAAUCCCCCGAUGACCUGGCCGAUCAAACCAAUAUCCAGUAUGGCACCAUUCAUGGAGGAAGCACCAUGACCUUUUUUAUGAACUCUCGUUAUCAAACGUAUCAGCGGAUGUGGAACUACAUGUAUUCAAAGCAGCCCAGUGUCUUCGUGAAGAGCACAGAGGAGGGCAUUGCACGAGUCUUGAACUCUAAAUACGCCUUCCUGCUUGAGAGCACCAUGAAUGAGUACCACCGCAGCCUCAAAUGCAACCUCACCCAGAUCGGAGGCCUGCUGGACACCAAGGGUUACGGAAUCGGCAUGCCUUUCGGUUCUCCUUUCAGAGAUGAGAUCAGUCUGGCAGUGCUGCAGUUGCAGGAGAAUAACAGGUUGGAGAUCCUAAAGAGAAGAUGGUGGGAGGGAGGGCAGUGUCCCAAAGAGGAAGACCACCGCGCCAAAGGUCUUGGGAUGGAGAACAUUGGCGGUAUAUUUGUGGUGUUAAUCUGUGGCCUGAUUAUUGCUGUGUUUGUGGCUGUGAUGGAGUUUGUGUGGUCCACACGCCGAUCAGCUGAAACAGACGAGGUACGGCCUCUCUCCUGCGACCGCCAAUAUCACAGUCACUCUACAGUGUCUGUAUGUCAAGAGAUGUUGACAGAGUUCUGUAACGCCGUUUCCUGCAAGAAAAGUUCUCGUCUUCGCCGCCGCCGACCCCUGUCCAGCUCUCUGGCCCUUCGACACCCCACUCGCAUCACUUUAGGGGCCCCGAGGCCCCUGCGUUUUGUCCGAGAGAUGCGCCUUAGCAACGGAAAGCUCUACAGCGGUACUGGACCCCUGACAGGAAGUUCAGGGCCAGGAGGAGGCCCCUCAGACAUGGGCCCUGGCCCCCAGCGACUUCUGGAGGACCCGUUAGGUGCCAACAGCACCCCCACAGUGGCCCUGGGUCCACCUGCAGUGACAGUGCCUCUGCCGCGGGGCUGCACUCAUGUGCGCAUUUGCCAGGAGUGCCGGCGUAUCCAGAGUCUACGCACAACCUCUUGCACACGCAUCCCUCCCUCUUCUGCCCCUCUGCCUCGCCUGGCCCCGCCCCCUCCACACUCAUCCUCCAAUACAGACAGUGAAGGCGGCGGCGGCGGUGGCCUGAGCCCGUGCCGGAUAGGCCACUCCCCGCCGGCAAAAGGCUGCACUUUACCACCACCUCAGUCUAGCAACAACACAGACCUGAUGGGAGAGCAGAAAUGAGAGCAGAGAGACUGACAAAAGGGGGAGACAAAAUGACUCGUUUUUGCAAUAUUUGCCCCUUUUGUUCAAAAUCACAGACAACUGUGCUUUCCAUCUUUUAUUUGGUACGAGAGAAUUGUGCUUUUUUUUUUUGCUUUUUUUUUUUGAAUAGCCAUGUGUCACAUCAAUGAUUCUUUUGUACUACUGAACAAUGUACUAUAACACUGACCGUGUCUGAAACAACCUUGAAAAUGUGAUGGUAAAUAUUUAAGACUCUCAGUCUGAGGAUUUAGAAAUGCUUCACGACAGGCAGCACAGAGAUAUUAAACUUCCCCGUGAUUCUGACCUUCAGGCAGCACACAGACGUCUGCUUGCGAUCAGAGGCACAGACUCUCCUUCCCUUCAAUGACUGAACUCGGUCUCUAUGUUACGAUAGAGGUCAUACACAGGAAGUAGCACAGCGAUGCUCUCUUUUGGACAUCAUUGUCUCAAUGAUACUGUCCAGAUCAGAGCC